UCCCGCCGGCGCUGCCCCGGAGGCGGAAGUGACGCUACCGCCGCCAAGAUGGCGGCGCCCAGCUUGCUGCGCGGGGGGUUGAGGCGGUUGUUCGCCGGUCUCGUCGGAAACGGUUGGGCCUCGCCGCCGGCCCGCGCCCUCCGGGAGGUCGUGGAAGUGACCGAAGGCAAUACGACCACAAUUGAAGGGAGAAUUAUAGAGGAUGCUGAGGUGCCAACUCCUCCUAACCCCUCUGGCCAGUGUCCCAUCUGUCGCUGGAACCUGAAGCAUAAGUACAAUUAUGUGGACGUCUUGCUGUUGAGUCAGUUCAUCCGUUCUGAUGGAGGAAUGCUGCCACGGAAGAUCACCGGCCUCUGUCUGGAGGAGCACAAGAAGAUUGCAGUCUGUGUGCAGAUGGCUCACCGAGCAGGUUUGUUGCCAAACCACAGGCCUCUGCUUCCUGAAGGGCAUAUUCCCAAGAAACCCAAGCUCAACAGGUAUCUGACCCGCUGGUCCGUCAAAUCUGCAAAGCCCAUCUGGAAGAGGGGCCCUAAAUGGUGCAAAAUUCCCAUGCCAGUUGGACACCCUAUACUAAAGGAUAAUGUCAAAUAUACACACAAGCCUAUCUAUUUAAACCACUAGGGCCCAAUGGAACUGGCACAGACGGUGAACACAGCUGUUCUACACUGCUCUUUUUGCAAGUUUGUCAGUACCCACAGUUUUCUUAUUCCAAAACUCUCCUUAGUAUCCUGUAUUAUCCCCAGUGAAUGAGCAGUGGUUUGCUCAUCUCGGAGAAAACGAGAAUCAGCAAAGCAAAAUUUAACAUGCAGAAGCAUUUGGAGGCAGCAGGGGACAAAGACUUUUACCUCAAAACCAGAAAGAAUCUGAUGAUUUGUGUUUCAUUGUGGUCCAGUAGUGGGUUUGGAAAAGGUUGUUUCGCUCUUUUUCUCGCAGUGAAUGGUGAAUCUCCGUUUGUGUGUGUGCUUCAACUCAGAUUUGCCUUGUUGGGGCUUUUGUGCUUGUGACACUGGGAGGAGAAAAAGCCUCAUGCAGCUCAAUGCUUCCUUGGCAGUGAUGCAAAUUAUGUUAAUGACUACUGAAGUGAAAUAUUUUUAUAAUCUGUACUAUCCAUAAUUUGAAGCAAAACACCUGUGGUACUGGCUGGCAGGCAUUUGGCAGCAUGUGUGCGUCUUACGUGCCCUCUCAAGGAUUUGUGGCUUGUGCUUCACUCCUGGAUCUAACAAAUACAGAAUGUUGACAUCUUUAACAACUCAGCCUGUUUUUACUCCUUGCAAAUACAUUUGCCACAAGUCUUCUGUAUCAGUGAUACAGCUGCUUCCCAGUACAGUUUGGGGGCUGGCAUAUGUGCAUCAUUUUCUGUCAUAUAACUAAAGGCUAACAUCAUUUCUCUCUCUGUACAAUACACCCAGGCAUCUUCCACCUACCGACCGCUUCUACUUGAGAAGCGCUAGAUAUGGACCUGGCAUGAAAGUCUCAUUAAAUUUAUCGGGGACAUUA